CGUCUAACUAGCAACACCGGUUUUGACAUAUCACGAAAAUGGCGGGAACUUUACGAUAACGUUCGAGCUUUGGAAGUUACGAGCGUAGAUUUCAAAACUUAAUAUUUUAUUAUAUUAUAUGUUAAGUCGUGUUACUUGUAUGUUAUAUAGAAGAGAAUACCAAUGUUAAAGAGUUGUUAAUAAAAUAUGAAAGAAAAGUAUAAUGAGCCACGAGAGCAUUUUAACAUUAAGUAUUAAUGUUGCAAAGACACAAAAUGAAUGAGGACGAGUAUUUGACGAUAGAAUCAUAAAGGAUUUCAGAUGUCGUGGCCGAGAGACGUUGUUUAGACAAUGCCCGGCCUGGUUGGAGUCGCUACAGCGUCCGCAUUUCUCCAGAUAUUACUAUCAUUUGCUGGUCCAGCUUUCUGGGGUCUCAUCAACCCAGAGUGGUCUCUAUGCAACAAGGGUCGCCGGCAGUCUCCAGUCAACCUCGAACCAGAGAAGUUGCUCUUCGAUCCAAACCUACGGUUUUUGCACAUAGAUAAACAUAGGAUAAAUGGAUUAAUAAGCAACACGGGUCACUCAGUAAUAUUCACCGUGGAAAAUGAGACUCGUCAUCACAUCAAUAUAACGGGCGGACCGCUUUCCUACAAGUAUCAGUUUCACGAGAUCCACAUACAUUAUGGCCUCCACGAUCAAUUUGGCUCAGAACAUGCGAUUAACGGAUAUUCUUUUCCAGCCGAGAUUCAAAUAUUUGGUUUCAAUUCACAGCUGUAUUCAAACUUUUCGGAGGCUUUACAUAAAGCCCAGGGGAUUGUUUCAAUUUCUUUACUAUUACAGCUCGGUGACUUAUCAAAUCCAGAACUAAGAAUUUUAACUGAAGAAUUAGAAAACAUAAAAUAUGGAGGUGCGGAGAUGCCCGUAAACCGUUUGUCUGUACGAGGACUGCUCCCAGACACCGACUACUAUAUGACGUACGACGGCUCCACCACCGCGCCCGCUUGCUACGAGACCGUCACGUGGAUAAUCGUCAAUAAACCUAUUUAUAUCACUAAGCAGCAGUUGCAUGGUCUAAGGCGCCUGAUGCAAGGCGACGCUCGCCACCCCAAGGCCCCGCUGGGGAAUAACUUUAGACCUCCACAACCCUUGCACCACCGCGCUGUGAGGACUAACAUCGACUUUGACUUGAGCAAGUAUCCUGGAAAAACUUGUCCAAGUAUGCAUAGAAAUAUGCAUUAUAAGGCUAAAACGUGGACUCAGUAUUGAAAUGGUACACCCGGUAGGCAUUUGUAUUAAAAAUAAGUAUUUAAAUUUUGUAGAUGAAAUAAUAUUCUGUAAACCUACUAGAAACAUAAGCCUUUGUAUAUACUUCUUGUACAGUCUCACUGAAAAAUUCUGCUUAUGAUAGAAUUGUAUUUAUACUAAAUUGUAUUAUAGACUUAUUAUACUAAAACUUAACAAAAAAGUUAUUUAUAAGAGCGCUGGAAUUCAAUUAUGGUAUAACAUGUAGAUGUAUUAGGAUAUUUAUAUAGAAAAAUUAUAUAAUAAAUAUUCCAUUAGUGUUAUAUAGAAUGAUGUAAUGGCCUCUUAAAAUAGGAUACAUAUUUUCGGAUAGAUUAUUCAGAUUGCGCGUGUUAAGUAAUUCAAUAGUUCAAAUGUACGUAUCUUGCAAUAUAUAAACGGUUUUGUAUCCUUUAUGCCAGUAGGUAAUUUAAAAUAGGUAAUAUUUAACAACCGACUUUGUAUUGAUAAAACCUAUUUAAAAUUUGUAUCAUUUCGCAAACAUCUUGUUAACCUGGUAAUAUGUAAGAAUUUUUAUAGUUUAAUUGUUUUAGAGCGAAUUAAAAUGAAUUUAGAAAAUCAUAUCAUUGUAUGUAAAUUACGAAAAUUGUAUUUCUUUAUAGAGCCAUGCUGUAAGGUAUCUACAGCUUUAAUGAAAUUUUAUUUAUGUCGUUUAUAAAAUAUUGUUAUUAUAUUAAACACUCUGGCUUUUAAAGGUCUGAUAUUGUAAGGGUUUUAUUUGAUUAAAUGAUAACUCCCGACGCCUUUC